AUCUGAUGAGGUCUACAAUUACAUUUCGCCAUAACUGGUCAACUCAGCAAUUACAUGCUUGACCACAAAUUCUCUCCAAAAUACAGUGCUGCGGCUCAUAUGGCAGACAGAAAUAGAAUAGUUUUCAUGUCUGUUUGGACGGCCGCCCAGCUGAAACUAUGCUCCGCUGCUUGACUGACAGAGGGAUGUGGGCUUUUUCUCCCCAAGAAAAACCUUAAGGUCACAAAUCCUUACGAAAGACCGAGGGAGCUCCUUCCAGUUGAGCUACCAGUACCUCAGUUAAGCUGCGAGGAGAGAGGAGCUCGCAGGGCACUGGUAGAGGCUUGCUCCUCGACAAUGAAAACUCCUGGGGACACUUAACCUUUACGACGCUGACCUUUGGCUGGGGUGCUGUGCUGAAGUGGUAUGGACACAGGUAGAAUGGCUAGUCCUCAGAGCUCCAGAAUGGCUAGUCCUCAGAGCUCCAGAAUGGCUAGUCCUCAGAGCUCCAGAAUGGCUAGUCCUCAGAGCUCCAGAAUGGCUAGUCCUCAGAGCUCCAGAAUGGCCACUCCUCAGAGCUCCAGAAUGGCUAGUCCUCAGAGCUCCAGAAUGGCCAGUCCUCAGAGCUCCAGAAUGGCCACUCCUCAGAGCUCCAGAAUGGCCACUCCUCAGAGCUCCAGAAUGGCCACUCCUCAGAGCUCCAGACACAGUAGCUCUGUUUCAUCAUCUCCAAUGAGCAGGAUGCACUCGCUCCAGGUGGACUCGGUGCAGCGCUGGAUGGAGGACCUGCGUCACAUGACGGAGGUGGAGUGCAUGUGCGUGCUGCAGGCCAAGCCCAUCGGCGUGGAGGAGGACACCCAGGGCGAACUCAUCGUGGCCACAGGGGACCACGUGGCCCGCAACAACCUGCAGACGCUGUUGCGGCGGGCGCUGGUGGUCAGCACCGAGCUGGGCAAGAUGUUCCAGCGGCUGGAGAAGGGCCGCUGGCAGCGGGUCCACAGCACCGCCGUCCGGGCAAACUGCCACGUGCGCUCGCUGGUGCAUGAGUAUAGCACCGCUCGCAACACCCCCGCAGAGAUGCAGAAGUAUGAGAAGUCUUUGCUUGAGAAGUGCAUGGAGCUGACCACCAUAACAGAGAGAUGCCUUCAUACCGAGGAUGAAUUCUUCCUGAAGUCCAUGAGGGAGGCCAUUCACGAGAUCCUCACUGAUGUCAGCGAUUCGUUCAGCCACAUGAUUGACAUGGCCCUGGCCAAUGAGAUCCAGAUCCUGAUCAGGCAGAUUGAGUCAUCAGACAGUGUGUACACCAUCGGCAGUGCCAUCAGCAACCUGCUUUCCCUCACCCAGGACGGCCCGCAGCUCUGCAGAAUCAUCGCCAAGGAGGGCGCUGUGGUGGCCCUGUUUAAGAUCUGCCGGCAGGACUGCUUCAGCGACCUCUACGCACAUGCCCUGAGGACGGUGGCCUCCAUAUGUUGCGUGGAGGAGGGCAUCAACCAGCUAGAGGAGGUGGAUGGGAUCCUGUGCCUGGCGGACAUCCUGACCGACGGGAACAGUGCUGAGGCGGCGAGGGCAGAGGCAGCGGCCGUGGUGGCCCAGAUCACCUCGCCCCACCACACCUCCACCCAGCACCUGGGCAGCUUCUUAGAGAGCAUGCAGGACAUCGUCACCGCCCUCAUCAAGUUGUGCGAGAGUGCCUCCUGUGGCGAGGUCUUCCUCCUGGCGUCUGCUGCCCUUGCCAACAUCACUUUCUUCGACAGCAUGGCCUGUGAGAUCCUUCUCCAGCUCAACGCCAUCCACAUCCUCCUCCAGUCCUGCAAAGACCGCCAAAGAGUGGAUACUCCCUACUCUAAAGACCAGGUGGUGACCAUCUUGGCAAACCUCUCUGUUUUGGAGCAGUCUUCAUCUGAAGUCCUACAAGAGAAGGGUAUUGAGAGACUGCUCCAGCUGCUGGGCGAGAAGCCAUCCUCCUCCAGUCCAUCGGAGGGCGCGGCGUGCGAGCGGGUCCAGCAGAAAGCCGCUGUCACACUGGCCCGUCUGAGCAGAGACCCGGACGUGGCCCAAACAGCCAUCCAGCUGCAAGCUGUUCCUCGACUAAUCGAACUGUGUCGCUCACCAGCAGAGAGGAACAACAGCGACUCUGUACUGGUUGCAUGUCUGGCUGCCCUGAGGAGGCUGGCGGCAGGGUGUCCAGACAGCAUUGAAGCCGCCGACCACCAGCAGCUGAUCAAGCCCAGACUGGUGGACUCUUUCCUGCUGUGCUCCAACAUGGAAGAGAGCUUUGUAUAGGAAGAGCCAGAGCAGAGAGGUUGGGUGCUCAGCAGUGGAGGCUGCUGCGGGGAGGUUGCCUCAUAGUAUUGUCUGGAUUGGAGUAAAUGGAAUGGUAUUAAACAUGUGUUUGACUCUGUUCUGGACAUUAUUAUGAGUCGUCAUCCCUUCAGCAGCCUCCACUGGUGCACAGGUACUGGGGUAGUCGCAGUGAGCUUUUGCUUCAGCCUGAGACUUAAAAACACAGACAAAGGAAGGGUUGAUGAAAUCAGUCCCUAUAUCCCAAAACACGCCUUGACUGUCUACCAAAAAAUCUGAGCAUGAACGGAAUUUCCGUUAGUCAUUUCAGAACUUCCAUUCUCAGAGUACAAAACACCAAAAUUCGAGGACAAGCUGGUAAGCUAAAAUAAUGUACAUGAUGGAAGCAUUCAUGAAUUAGUACCAAAAUCUCCUUAGUGUUUUUAACACCCACAGUGUACAUAUGGGACCAUCAUUCAACCAAGUGUUAAAAAGUCAGUGGGUGUUGGAACUUUACAAAGUUACCCAUAAUGAAUCAAGAGCUGUUUUUAAAGUGUUAGGCUCCUAACACUGUGGGUGCUAGAAAUUAAAUUCAAAGUGACAGAUAAUGAACCAAGAACACUUUAAAGGUAGACUCAGCGAUAUGACGUAGCAGCAGAACGUAAACAGCGUUGAAGCGCAAGGCUCAACUUCUCCACUGUUUUGGUGCCCUGGCUACCACACUGUGAACAACCUGAAGUGAACCUGUGCACAUGUGCAGAAACUGUGUGGCUGUAUAGUCCAGCAUCGUGCUCAUCUCAAUAUCUGAGGUGCUGCUCGUUGCAACAUAGUUUCACCGAGUCUACCUUCUAAAGUGUCAGGCUCCCAACACACUGUAGGUGUUGGAAAUGAACAGCUUGUUGGUCAGUUCCUUCAUCAUUUUAAAUCAGUCAGUUUGUCAAAGUUUUCACUGACGGCCUAUUUUACAUCUUGUCAGCUGCCAAUUUAACCAGUUGUUAAUAUAUUAGAAAUGACUAUUGUGCUCUGUUACUUUCAGAUAAGAAUUUGUAUAAUGAGUUUGUGGCACAAACAGUAUAUUGUCAAGGUAUUUGAUUACAUGAUCUAAUUAAACCUCCCUAGUUCAGAGGAGUUAAUAAAAUAGGUUACUGUUUGGAGCGGAAGACGACUCCUGAAGUAGGUUUAUCUGGCAACAAAGUUCUUUGAAAUUGAUCAUAUUGUAUUUUACAAUCUCGCCUUGGAUCUCAAACAUUGUAUUUGCUACUAAGAAACGUAAAUGGAACGUAAAACACAAUAUCUGCAGUGAAACUGUUUAAAAAUAUAUAUAUAUUUAAAAAAUAAAUGACAUUGUAUAGCAUGCAUAUACUGUAAUAAAGGGAGCACAUCUUUUAAUGGAA